AUGAUAUUCAACUCCGUUGUCACGGGAUCUCAAGCCCCGAGGUGUAAUUUCAACAGCGAAAGGCCGCUGCCGUUAACCCCUGACGAGGUUACUUCUGAGUGGCUUUCGGAAGCUCUUGGCGUUGCUGUGAAGGACUUUAAGAUCAGUUCUGUUAUACACGGCACCUCGUCCAAAGUCUUUGUGGACCUCGUCUUUGGUGAUGGUGUCAAGACUGAGAUUCCUAGUCGGGUUGUGCUUAAGGGAGGGUUCAAUCCGGUGAUUCGCGAGACGGUUCCUCAGAUGUUACCGACUUAUCGCCGCGAGGCUGAGUUCUACUAUCAUGUCGCUCCGCAGACAACGAUGCUUCUCCCUAAGAUCUGGUUCGCCGGCACAGAUACCGUCAACGGCCAAGGCAUAUUCAUCAUGUCAGAUGUAUCAAGCGAAGCUACCUUUGGCACACCAUUGGAGCCCUGGGCACCUGAGCGAGUCGGCGAAGCACUGAAGCAACUCGCUAGUCUGCACGAAAAGACAUGGAAUACCAAGGAGGAGGAAUAUCCCUGGCUCUUUGGCAAAGACGGAUCAAAGCUGGAGAACCCUGUUCGAAACAUUAUCCUUGCGCUGUUGGCGCCUGCACCAUGGGGAGCACGCUUCGAUGAAAAGGUUCGGCCGCCUGUAGCGAAGGAAUUGCUAGAUCCUGAUCGUAUACGAGAGGCUUUCCAAGCUCUGUGGAAACAUGCCGAUGCGGAUAAAAAGUAUUACUCACUAAUUCACGGUGACGACCAUGUCGGCAAUACCCUGAUUGCGAAUGACGGCACUCCUGGGUUCAUUGAUUGGCAGGGCCUGCAGUAUGGACCAUCGGUUCUUGACUUGGCUUAUUUCCUCACGGGUGCUUUGACGGUUGAGGAUAGACGGAAGCACGAAGCAAGUCUUGUUGAUACAUAUUUGGAGGCUUUGCAUAAGGAGGGAGGACCGAAGUUGACAAGGGAGGAUCUAUGGGAUGAUUAUCGGCGAUACAGUCUGCAGGGAUUCCUUUGGGCGAUGACGCCUCAGACUAUGCAGCCGGAUGAAGUGGUGUUUGCUAUGGCGGAGAGAUACUCUGCUUGUAUCAUUGACCAUGGAACUCUUGAGUUACUUGGCGUUUGA